UUGCCGAAGUGGCGCGGCGGGAUGGACGCGCUGCGCUCUGCGGGACGCGCUUUGCUGCGCAGCCCCAGCGUCACCAAACCGCCCUGGGCCGGCGGCCGCCACCAGAAGCUCCCGGAGAACUGGACCGACACCCGAGAGACGCUGCUGGAAGGGGUGCUGUUCAGCCUCAAGUACCUGGGCAUGACGUUGGUGGAGCAGCCGAAGGGUGAGGAGCUCUCAGCAGCUGCUGUCAAAAGGAUUGUUGCCACUGCAAAAGCAAGUGGAAAGAAACUGCAGAAAGUUACGCUGAAAGUCUCGCCCAGAGGGAUCGUGCUAAAUGACAGUGGAACUAACGAGCUGAUUGAGAACGUCUCCAUAUACAGGAUAUCCUACUGCACGGCAGACAAGAUCCACGAUAAAGUGUUUGCCUACAUUGCCCAGAACCAGCUCAAUGAGAACCUGGAGUGCCAUGCCUUCCUUUGUACCAAACGGAAAAUGGCCCAGGCAGUCACCCUCACUGUAGCUCAGGCAUUCAAAAUAGCAUUUGAGUUCUGGCAAGCCUCCAAGGAAGAGAAGGAGAAACGAGAAAGAUCCAUCUUGGAAGGAGAAGGGGUGAGCAGCUCAAACCCAGCUGCCCCUGCUUGCUCUGAUGCAUCUGCAGCCACAGGGAACUUGCUGGAUUUAGAAGAUCCUGCCAAAUUGCUCCUUACCAGCAGCGAAAACCCCACACAUUUAGAUAACAGCAUGUUUGGGCCCAGCUCCUCUGUAAAUAACAACGUGGUGUGGGAAAUGGAUGAUGAUCUCGACGAGGCAUUUUCAAGACUGGCUCAGUCAAGAACAAACCCUUACGUUCUCGACACAGGACUGACGGCUCAAGACAUCCAGAGUGCAGAAAUGCUCUCAUCUGUAGAUUGGAAUAAAAUAGAUUCAAGUACAGGCGAGAAAGAUGACCUGUUCAUGUUUUGAAGUCAAAUUCAUCUAACAGCUGACAAUGGAAUAACCACUACAAGUCUGUGGACUGACUAAAUCGUGCUCUUCCAGGUGCUGUAUACAAGGGAUUCUUCUGAGGGGUCUUCACCAAGUCAGAUGAAGUUACAGCACAGCUUAGACCAAAGUUUUAGAAAUCUAACGUGGAUUGUUUUUUUACCUUGCUUUUAUCUAAACCAUGAGAUGCUCCUAAAGAUAUUUAUUCCUAGCUGUUACAGUUUACAUAUAUUACUGAAAGGUGUGUAGAGCAUCUGCAGUAUCAGGUGGCAAUAUGCCAUCAGUAGUGCCUGUUCCUCCCUGACAAAUACUAUGCAACACCAAAGUUCCUGUGUAUACACAUUUCUAGACAAAGGUCCGCAGAUGGAAAUGCAGUUGAAAGCACAACUGUUAGUAAACCACUGAUUCUUGAACAACACGACACCUGCCCAGGCUGAGGGGAGGAGAGUUGCAGCAGCUGCUAGCAGUGCUGAAAGAGGUAGCAGAGAUCUUGCUUUUGUUAUGAAUGUCAUCCUCUCAGUUGUCAAUCACCCAGAUGUGUUCUGGCUUUUUCUUUGCCAGCUUCUUAGGUGAAUUGACACUUCUUAUCCAAAGACUGUUUAAGUUUUGCACUUUAAGACUUGAGCUGAAAGUAAUGGUCCAAAAUAGCAAAGUAGGCAGUGCCUGUAACUUCUCUUCAGAAGCCCUUUACCUCCCCACCCCCCAAAAAGAAACCAACAGUGCUGCAGCUGUUUCAAAACUGAUUGCUCACACGUAUUGUUUCUGUUAUGACUUGAAAUACUAAGGCUCAGUUGCAUGGUUGGUUUAAAAGCAAAAAAACAGCAGGCAGUAAUAAUCUGUUUUCCGAAAGUGCGUUGGAAGUUGCAGGUUGUGUAGCACAAUAGAUUUGUGUUCUUAGCUCUGCUAAGUGGAUUGGGCUGUGCAUGCCUUUUUACAGUUUCAGGAACGUUUGGCAGUUGCCUGCUCAAUAGACUCAAAGGGAAUUGGAUUAGGAAGACCAAUACCUGUAUGUUUAAUGAGCAGAAGGUGCCCCUGUCAGUGCUGCUCCAGUCCUUUUCCCCUGACAGCUGCAUCUCCCGUGAGGCUGGGAAGCUGUCUUCAUCUGCUCCUGGCAUUCAAACAAAGUAAUGGAGGUAUAAAGCUUAUGCCAAUUAAAAGAUUAAGUUUAAUGAUCCUAAAUAGUCGUACUGACAGUUUGCAGUGUUUGUGGCCUUCUGUGAAGUAUAUUUAGCUGUUUUAUAGAUUUGUAACUCGGAACUUUGUUUUGAAACACUAAUUCAUUCCCCAGACAGCUCUUUGUAACUCCUAAGGCUGCUUGCAAACAAACAAACAAAAAUCUUGGUCAGCUCUAAGAAUUUCUUAGGAAACAGCUAAGUGACACUAACUUAGGUUUGAUUAUUUGCCACUUACCAUGAUAAGGUAUUGAUGACUUGUGAAGCCAACUCAUCCCGUCUGUUCAUGAUUUUGCAGGAUAAACAGGGAACACGUUCUGUGUUCAGAGCAGUCCUCAAAUACUGCGCCCGUGACUUGAUGCCAUGUGCAGCAUCAGGCUCUUGUGCUUGAAGUUUGCAGAGGGGCCUGGGCCCAUUGCAGGAGCAGUGCUAAAAGAACAGAAGUGGGGGCAGGAAACACCUUGUGCUGAGUUCUGGGAGCACUCAUCUCCCUAAGAAAUCGUAUUGCAGGAAUGGACUGUGAGGCUUUCUCUGUACAAUGAUGUUCUUUUCUAGAGGUUUGAGGAGCAUAUGCUGAUAUACACAAUGCUAUAUAUGUAUGUAGAUAUUUUUUAAGAAAAAAAAAAAGAAUGUAUGGAGAAAAAUAAAAGUUCUACUUUUU